CGUUCGGAUUCCCUCCGCUCCGCGGCUCCGCGCCGGAGCGGAGCGGCAAUCCAGUUAUAAUCUGCGGAGUUGAUUAAACGCUGCUCCGCGCGCUCCGCUCCGCGGAGGAUGGCCAAACAGGGCCUAAUUGACAUUCGAGAUGUGGGGAAUCAAAUCAAUCCGCUUCGUUCUCGAGGUAACGUGACCUACACAGAUUUCGCUAAAUGGCCAGGCUCACUCAGCAUCGUAUGCAUUGGGAUUUAGGGCGGAGGGGAUUUCUCUGCGCAAGAAAAUUUGUACUGAGGUGAAAUAUCUAUCUAAAUGAGUUGGACAGAUUUACUGAGAUUGGAGGUAAACCAAUUUAGAAUGCUACUCCCUCCGUCCGAAAAUACUUGUCACCAAAAUGAAUAAAAGUGGAUGUAUCAAGAUGUAUUUUAGUUCUAAAUACAUUCCUUUUUAUCCAUUUUGAUGACAAGUAUUUUCGGACGGAGGAGUACUCCCUCAAUUUUAAAAUAACCAAAGUUCUAGGGUAAGUUUGAUCAAGUUUAUAAAAAAAAUCUGCAAAAUACCUACAAUAUCAAUAUGUAUAGUAUGAAAAUGUAUUUCUAAUGAAGCAAAUUAGGUGUUGUAGAGACGGGAGAGAAAGGAAUAUAGACUUGGUCAAACUUAAUGAAGUUCUUUUCAAACCGGGUUAUCCCCCUUUCCAUUACUGAUAACAGAAAUACAGUUCAGAAGUUUUGCAGGAGACGGGAGAGAAAGGAGAGCGAGUUCGGCACUACCAGGAAACCCACUGGACACGCUCGACUUCGAAAUGUGCAUAGUGAUCACUGGACCCAUUGGACGAAAGCUUAAUGAAGUUUGACUUAAGACAAACCUAAUACUUCAACUAUUUUGGAAUGGAAUGACUAAUAAAUUGCAUAGUGAUCACAAUAAGUAGCUCGCCAGUCUCUUUCGCAAUGACAAACGCAACUCGCCGCCUUUGUGGACUAUGUUGCCUGGUUUUAGCCUGCAUUUUUCUAUGCAAGAAGAGGAUGGGCGUAUCCAAUCAACGCUUCAUUUCCUGUCUUGCUUAUCUCUACUCUCCGGUACGCUGUCAUAGGCUCUGGUAAGGCAUCAGGAUGAGAAUUUGAAGACUCUGUUCUUUCUAUUCACUCCGGUUAAUCUGCGUAUGGCUUGACUCAACUGGUGUUCUUGCUUCAGUAAAGAAAUACUGAAAGGGUGUUCAGUUUCUCUCAAUGCAGAACAUGUACACACAGAACAACGCGGCAGGCUUGGUGAUUAGCUUAAGCUAUCGAUUCAUUGGCACGGACAAAUGCUACUUGCUAGUUAAUUAAGCAGUAUGUGUUGACAAUAAGAAGCCAGUGGGCAAAGCAGCUAAUGGGCACCUUGUCAAUCUCUUGCUCACCUUCCCAGCUAAUGGCAUCCUUCGUCUUCAUGGACACUGCUAUCUACCCAACAGUUUUUAUGCAAGCAGAGGGAGGAGAAAUUGGAUCUUUUGCCACAGUUUACUUCUAACUUUGAUAAUUUGCCCCCCCCCCCCCCUAGAAUGACGGGUGGGGCUGUAGCAGCUAUUAAUUGGAUCUGAAUUCUGAUCAGUUUACUCCAGUGAUCACUACCGAUUCGGAUGGGCCUGUGGAGGGCUCUGAUGAUCUUCUAUUCUCUGUUUUCCUUCUAGCUUGCGCCUAGCCCUGCGAGAUCUUGAAAUUAGCAAUUGGCUCACUAUCAAGGCAAACCGUGUCUUCCAGAUGAUCACUGUUGAUUCGUAUUAUUGAUAGCUUUUGCCCUUAUUGGAAUAGUGGUUUUGUAAGCGCCGGGUUUGCCUCAUCCAUGGGGACCAUACUAGAAGCUCUGCUUCGAUCAUGUGCCAGCAAGUUGCAAGAUAUCAUUACCAAUGAAGCCAUACUAAUCUUAGGGGUGGAAGAAGAGCUCGCAAAACUGCUACAACGAGUUGAACUAAUUCAGUGCUGUAUAUAUGAUGCUGAGAAAAGGAGGGCAAAAGAGUUAGCAGUAAACAAUUGGCUUGGCCAACUGAGAGAUGUUAUAUAUGAUGUUGAUGAAAUUCUGGACGUGGCUAAAUGCAAAGGAAGCAAGCUACUUCCUAACCACCCUUCAUCAUCAUCAAGUAAAUCAGCUGCAUGUAAAGGUCAUUCAGUUUUCCCUUGCUUUUGUAACAUUGGUUCACGUCGUGACGUUGCUGUUCGGAUUAGAACCCUCAACAAAAAGAUAGAGAACAUUUCAAAGGACAAAAUAUUCUUAACAUUCAACAGUAGUGCACAACCUAAUGGAAGUGGUCCAACAUCCAAACUGAUAAGAAGUUCCAACCUUGUUGAGCCCAACCUUGUGGGAAAGGAAAUCAUACAUUCUAGCAGGAAGUUGGUGGACUUGGUGCUUGCAAACAAGGAAAAGAAGUCUUACAAGCUCGCUGUUGUUGGAACCGGAGGAGUUGGUAAGACAACACUAGCUCAGAAAGUAUACAAUGACCAAAAAAUAAAAGGAAGCUUCAAGAUGCAUGCAUGGAUUUGUGUUUCGCAAGACUACAGUGAAGUAACUCUUUUGAAGGAGGUGCUCCGAAAUAUUGGUGUGCAUCAUGAGCAAGGUGAAACCAUAGCUGAGCUACAAAGAAAGCUUGCAGAAACAAUAGAGGGAAAGAGUUUCUUUCUGGUUCUAGAUGAUGUAUGGCAUUCCAAUGUAUGGAUGGAUCUAUUAAGGCCUGCGUUACACAAAACAACAUCUGGAGUAAUGUUGGUAACCACACGAGAUGAUCAAAUUACAAGGAGAAUAGGCGUAGAGCAUACCCAUCGAGUUGAUCUCAUGUCAGUAGAGGUGGGAUGGGAGCUACUUUGGAAGAGCAUGAAUAUUGAUGAGAAAGAAGUGCAGAAUUUAAGAAACACGGGGAUUGAGAUUAUCCGUAAAUGCGGUUGCCUCCCUCUUGCAAUCAAAGUUACCGCUAGUGUUCUGGCAAGCAAGGAUCGAACAGAUAAUGAGUGGAAAAAGAUUUUGAGAAGAUAUGCUUGCUCCCAGAACAUGCUCUCUAAUGAAAUAGAAGGAGUUUUGUAUCUAAGCUACGAUGAGUUACCGUAUCGUCUGAAGCAGUGUUUUCUUUAUUGUGCAUUGUAUAUUGAAGAUUCUACCAUUCUUCGCCGUGUAAUUACCAGGUUAUGGAUUGCUGAAGGCUUCAUUGAGGAGGAACAAGGCCAACUUCUAGAAGACACAUCAGAGGAGUACUACUAUGAGCUAAUCCAUCGAAAUCUCCUCCAACCAGAUAACGGAUCUUUUAACCAGGCUGAAUGCAAAAUGCAUGACCUCUUAAGACAGAUUGCUUUGAGUAUAUCAAAACAAGAAUGUUUUAUUGGUGAUAUUGAAACAUUAAGUGGUGAGAAUAUGUCAAAACUACGACGAGUUACUGCCGUGAGUAAGAAGGAUAAAUUAGUGUUGCCUAGCAUGAAUAAGGUGGAAGCUAAGGUGAGGACUUUCUUUAGUGUUCAUGGUCCACAGAGCAUUGAGGAUUCAUUGUUCAAGAGAUUUUUGCUUCUUCGUGUUUUGGUACUGAAUUACUCACUUGUACAAAGCAUUCCAGGUUAUAUAGGAAGACUGAUACAUCUACGCCUACUUGAUCUUGAUUAUACUAGCAUAUCUUGUCUUCCAGAAUCCAUUGGCUCCCUACAAAACCUUCAAAUUUUGAGCUUGAAUUAUUGUGAUGCUUUGCACAAUCUUCCUUCGGCGAUAUCCCAAUUGUACAGUUUAAGAUGUCUUAGUCUUCUUGACACAAAUAUAAAUGAAGUUCAGAAAGGGAUAGGAAAACUGAAGUUCCUCACUGAUUUACGAGGGUUUCCGGUUGGGGCAGGAAUUGAAAAUGCUGAUGUACAAGAUGGAUGGAAGUUGGAAGAGUUGUCAUCUUUGUCAUUGCUGAGGUAUCUUACGUUGGUUAAAUUGGAAAGAGCGGCUUGCUAUAGUACAAAUACAUUACUGGCGAACAAAAACCAUCUAAAAGGACUAGUACUGGAGUGGACAUCAUAUUCAGAAGAUGUUAGCACUGAGGAGGUCUUUGAGCAGCUAAUACCUCCAAGCAACCUGGAAACCCUACAUAUUAUUGGAUUCCUUGGUCGGCAGUACCCCAACUGGUUUGGUAACACCUGUUUGUCUUCGCUGGCACACAUGACCCUUAGAAAUCUACGAUGUGUGGAUCUUCCACCUAUUGGCCAGCUACCCAACUUGAAAUUUCUAAAAAUUGAUGGAGCAUAUGCAGUUACCAAGGUUGGCCCUGAAUUUGUUGGUUGCGGGAAGGGUGAUCCCCUAUGCAACGAAUCAGUUGCUUUUCCUAAACUUGAAUGGUUAGUCCUCAAGCAUUUGCCCAACUGGGAGGAGUGGUCUUUUUUUGAAGAAAAAGAAGAAGCAGAAGAUGCUGAUGAUGAAGGGGGAGCAAAUGGAGUUGCUGAGAUUCGAAAGGACGACGCCCAAUCUGCAAGGUUGCGUCUGUUUCCUUGUUUGGUAAGGUUUAAACUUGAAGGCUGCUUAAAGCUGAGGGCUCUACCGCGACAACUUGGAGAGGACACUGUCAGCUUGAGGAAGCUCGAAUUAAUUCGAACAAAUAACUUGAAGGCCGUGGAGGACUUCCCACACCUCACUGAGCUCCUUCAUAUUGAAAAAUGUGAAGGCCUGGAGAAGGUCUCCAAUCUCCCUCAAGUGACAGACCUGCAAGUACGUGGUUGUCUGAACUUAAGCCGUGUAGAGGGGCUGGGCAGUUUGCAGCAGCUGGGGCUGGGCGAGGAUACACAAGUGAUCUCUUCCCAUUGGGUGCUUGGGCUUCAAAACCAGCACCAGAGACUUCAUGGUGAAGACUUGGAUGUCUACUCGUUGUCUACCAGUUAGAUGGCUCAAGGUCAAUUUUUUGCCUCAGUGGAUGUACCUUGUAUGCCAUUUUAUAUGCUUAUGCAACCGAAAUGAUUAGACAUAUUGUGCUUGUACAUAUUCCAACAGAGCUUUGGUUAAUAGAUGUCGACACCAGCAGGGCGGCAGAUUGCAGGCGACAAGUCAUUAAGUGUUGUAUAAUGGUGCUCUAAGUUGCUUAUGUGUGUUCCAUCUCUAACUAACAUGCAUUGGGAACUCAUGAUCGUCCUCUUAGAGUUGCUUAAAUUUUCAUGAUCGUCCUCUUAGAAUUUAUAAUAUUGGCAUCUCCAUUAACAUAUAUGAGUAAUAAUAGUUAUUGAGGCAUUGAUCUCUUAUUCAGACAAAUCAUACCCCAGUUAUGUAUGUGGUGCAAGACUACAAAAUGGGGUUUCUUUCUGAAAAGAGGACUGCAAAAUUGUAGCUAUACUCAUGCUAGAUCUCGGCAUGUACAAAAUUGUACCAACGUGUUUGUGAAUUUCUUUUCCUUGCUUUGCCCACAGAAAAAACAUAACUGAGCAACACA